AGCUCGCUGUAUCCACUUAUUUGUAGCUGAGUCAAAUUAUAGGUUAGGCGCGUCAGAGCAACUGCCGAAGCAGCUUAUUGGUUGGUAAUAGAGCCUUAAUUAUAACCCGAGGUUCCUCAGCUUCCUAUCAAGGUGCACCUAACAUUCCCAUUAGAGGAAUGCCACUUCCUGAUUCCAAACUCCUGAAAUAAGUUAAUUUACAUAGCAGCUGACCGAGUUUCACAAGGCUUUGUGUCUGUGGCGGCACAACACUCAGACAACCGGUUGGAUAUGCUCAGUCUCUCAUGUCUUUGUAUGGGAUAAGGCAGCAGAGGGGACUACAUGUUCUUUAACGCGCUGCGCCCUAAAUGGAUUUCUUCAACGCGUCAGGUUAUGGUUUUCCGCUGUGUAAUGUGUCCUGUGCCGCCGGUUGCCAGAGCUGCUCCUUUGGUGAGCAUCUUCCCUGCUUGGUGGUAGAUGUGAAAAAUCACUCCAACACAUCCAGGAUCACCAUGGGUCAGGACCGGGGGAAGUACGAUUUCUACAUCGGCCUGGCUUUGGCCAUCAGCUCCAGCAUCUUCAUCGGUGGAAGCUUCAUCCUGAAGAAGAAAGGUCUUCUGAGGCUGGCUAAGAAGGGAUCGAUGCGGGCAGGGCAGGGCGGUCAUGCGUAUCUUAAAGAAUGGUUGUGGUGGGCUGGUUUACUGUCAAUGGGUGCUGGGGAAGCAGCCAACUUCGCAGCAUAUGCUUUUGCCCCUGCCACCCUGGUCACGCCCCUGGGAGCCCUCAGCGUGCUCGUCAGUGCUGUGCUGUCCUCAUAUUUCCUGACUGAGCGGUUAAACCUGCACGGGAAGCUGGGCUGCCUGCUGAGCAUCCUCGGCUCCACCACCAUGGUCAUUCAUGCGCCGAAGGAGGAGGAGAUCGACAGCCUGGAGGCCAUGGCCAAGAAGCUGGUCGACCCAGGGUUUUUGUUCUUCGCCACUCUUGUCAUCAUUGUGGCUCUCAUCUUCAUCUUUGUGGUCUCCCCACGCCACGGUCAGACCAACAUCCUGGUUUACAUCACCAUCUGCUCCGUGAUCGGGGCGCUCUCCGUGUCCUGCGUCAAAGGACUGGGCAUCGCCAUCAAGGAGGGCAUCGCCGGCGUCAACGUGUUUAAGAACCCCCUGGCCUGGAUCCUCCUCCUGGGCCUGGUGGGCUGUGUGAGCACGCAGAUCAACUACCUGAACAAGGCCCUGGACAUCUUCAACACCUCGCUGGUGACGCCCAUCUACUACGUGUUCUUCACCACGUCCGUGCUCACCUGCUCCGCCAUCCUCUUCAAAGAGUGGGAGCACAUGGGCGCCGGCGACGUGAUCGGCACCCUCAGCGGCUUCCUCACCAUCAUCGUGGGCAUCUUCCUGCUGCACGCCUUCAAAGACAUCAGCGUCAGCCUGGCGACGCUGGCCGUGUCCAUCAGGAAGGAGGAACGCGGCGGCGCCCCGGCGGCCAACGGCUCGGCCGCGCACACCAACUAUGAACUGCUGCAGGACGAGUCCUCAGAGGACAUGGAGGACAGGGGUUUGCCUUUCGACAGCAUCUCCAGGAGGAACGGAGCAAUGACUUCCUCUUUAGAUGUUUAAUAAAUGUUUUUUUUUUUUGUU